UAUCCCACCGGUAAUCAACACGAUGCUGUCGGUUCUAUCAAUCCACCUUCUUAUGGAGUUAACCCCACGAAUGACGAUAAUCAGAACAACGCUUUUUUAAAUUCUCCGGUACCGACUACUUCUCAGCCUGUUCCACCAAGUGAUUUUCAAUCUGACUUCCAAGAUCCCGUUAGAUCGAUGGUUAUUGCCCUACCAGGCCCUGGAGUUAAUAUUCCAAAGAAUCCUGGAAGUUGUGCCCCACUUGACGUUAACCAAGAAAUUGGAGGGCUCGAUACAACAUCCUCGAUAACGGAAAACAGCGAUUUAGAAUGGGUAGAUCAGAGAAACAAGGAAAUGCAAUACCACUCAAUAUCUCUUAAUAGUAUUUCUGUUUCCUCGGAUUGA